AGAGUUUUAGAAAACCAUCUCUCAAAGUAUUUAUGACUUGAUUGAACAUAGCAGCAAAAAAGGGCUUCUCCAUCUUUCCCCCCUCCCCCCUCUCUCUCUACUCCUUAGACCCCUUCUCUUUAUAUUAUAUGAUGAUACUUAGUCCAUUUCCUUGAAACCCCCCAAGAGAGAGAGAGAAAGAGAGAGAGAGAGAGAGAGAGAGAGAUUCUGCUUUCGGCCAAACCUUGAAAACUGGCCUCGUCUAUGCAGUAUUGGGCAGCUUGCUAGGGAAGAAGGGUAUUAUGUAGACAAGAGAGAUCUAAGUCCAACAGUUGGGAGUGGGAAUUUAUUACAACAUCUUUUUUUUUUUUUUUUGGUGCAAGAACAAGCUCUUUUUUUUUGGCAACUCUAUGGUCCUAGGUUCUUUAUGUUCUGUACAUACAGUUUAAUGGUUGAAGCAUUGUUAUUGUUUUUCUCAAGUAUAUAAGCACCUCAAGGGAAUGGAAUAUCUAUAAUUUUCUCUACUAUUCGUAGAGAGAGAGAGAGAAGAGAGAGAGGAGAUAGAGAGAGAGAGUUUCUGGUUCUUGAUGAGACACUGCUGAUCAGAAUUCAGAGAGAGAUAAGGGAAGCAGAAAAACCCCCAUCAUAUCUCUCUGCUGUUGUACUUGUACCCGUUUGCUGUUUCGGGUUGCUGGGCUUCAAUUUCUGUGGUUCAAGAAAUGUGGGAUCUCAACGAUUCGCCGGAUCAAAGAAGGGAUGAUGAAUCUGAGGGGGGCUCUGAUGAAAAGGGCAAGCGGGUCGGAUCCGUUUCUAAUUCAAGCUCGUCGGCAGUGGUGGUGGAGGAGGGGUCGGAAGAAGAAGACACGGAGAGAGCAGGUGGGAAGAAGAGGAGCAGCAAGAUAUUCGGGUUUUCUGUGUCACACGACUACAACAACGACGACGAUGCCGGCCCCUGCUCGUCGCCGGUGACCCGGCAGUUCUUUCCGGUGGAUGAGUCGGAAAUGGCGGGACCACCCAAUUUCCCCAGGGCCCACUGGGUCGGAGUUAAAUUCUGCCAGUCGGAGCCCCACGGCGGAGGUGGAGGCAGCUCCACCUUUGGGAAGGCAGCGGCGGAGUUGGCGCAGCCUCUCAAGAAGAGCCGCCGGGGCCCCAGGUCCCGCAGCUCCCAGUAUCGCGGCGUCACGUUUUACCGGAGAACAGGCCGUUGGGAGUCGCAUAUAUGGGACUGCGGAAAGCAAGUUUAUCUAGGUGGAUUCGACACAGCACACGCCGCAGCCAGAGCAUACGAUAGAGCAGCCAUUAAAUUCCGAGGCGUUGAAGCAGACAUAAACUUCAGCUUAGAGGAAUACGAAGAGGACUUAAAACAGAUGAGCAAUCUAACAAAGGAGGAAUUUGUGCAUGUACUUCGGAGACAAAGUACGGGGUUUCCAAGAGGGAGUUCCAAGUAUAGAGGUGUUACUUUGCACAAAUGUGGUAGAUGGGAAGCCAGAAUGGGCCAGUUCUUAGGCAAAAAGUAUGUUUAUUUGGGUCUCUUUGAUACUGAAAUUGAAGCUGCCAGGGCUUAUGACAAAGCCGCCAUAAAAUGUAAUGGAAAGGAAGCUGUUACCAAUUUUGAACCCAGCAUUUAUGAAGAUGAACUAAAAGCAGCAGAGUCUUCCAACAACGCAGCAAUAGACCACAAUCUAGACCUAAGUUUGGGAAAUUCAUCAGCUUCCCAACAAGGUGGCCGAGGGUUUAGAGAGCACCACCAACCUUUGUCCACGAUGCAAUUUGAAGUCGAUUGGAGACGCAACGCCAACGGAUUUAGACCGGAGAGAAAUAAUCGAGACGGAUACGAGACAGAAACCUUGCAGCUCCUAAGCCAAACACACCUUCAUUCUCCCGGCAGCUCGUUAAAGGUCAAUAACGAAGCAGCGCAGAGAUUCGGCCCCCCCGUGAGGAAAACAAAUGAACCCCACAUGCUCCCGAUGUUCCACAACAGACCAUUCCCCCCAGCACAAAGUUACCAUUUUCCUGGAGGAGGGAGCGUUAACGUUAACGUUAACGAUGGGGGGAGGAACGUGGCCAUCGGAGGAGGAGAUCAGGUUUCUGUUUGUGUUUCUCGAAAUGAACAGCAAUGGCAAAUGAAUCAAGCUCAGUUGUUUGCUACUGCUGCAGCAUCAUCAGGAUUCCCGCAGGCUCAGGCACUUAGACCCCAGAACUGGCUCCAGAAAAAUGGGAUCCACCCACUUAUCAGACCCUCCUAAUCCUAAUCCUAAUCCUAAUCCAUUCACUUGUUUUCUGCUGUCCCAUUUCUUACAACUCAGUUCUAAUUAAUAUUCAGCCUUCAAAGAAUCAAAAAUAUGUCCAAUUAGAUCUUUUCUCUAGGUCUGUAAACAUUCAUGCUUUCACCUUCUC